AUGUACAGGGUCAGAUGGCCUGACAUUCCGUAUUAUAGCUUAUCAGUCCAACGAUUGAGGACCUCGCAGGAAAAGAAAGAAGCACAAGCAAAGGCGUCACGACGAGAGAUCGCCACACUCCUGGAACGUGGGAAAGUGGAAUCAGCCCGAAUCAAGGUAGAGAACAUUAUCAACGAAGAUAUCCAUUUGGAGCUGCUAGAGCUUCUCGAGCUCUACUGCGAGCUUUUAAUCGCUCGUUUUGGUCUCCUGGAUCAGAAUUCUCGGGAACCUGAUCCUGCAGUAUCUGAAGGGGUCUGCAGUAUCAUUCACGCCGCCCCUCGAACAGAAAUCAAAGAGCUACAUAUCUUGCGAGACCUUCUCAUGCACAAGUAUGGCCGCGAAUUCUCUGUCGCUGUGAUGGAGAAUCGUGAUGGUUGUGUAAGCGAACGGGUCAUGAAGAAAAUCACGAUGGGAAUGCCUUCAGCAGCAUUAGUCGACGCUUAUCUCGCCGAGAUCGCCAAGGGGUACAACAUUAAGUGGUCGCCACCAAAGGCUGAUGAUGAUGACGGUAGCGAUGGAGGUGUCAAAGUUAGCAGACCAUCUUCACACCUAGGACCAGCGGAUGCCCGAGCUCAUCAUGACCUUCCUUAUCAGGAAGUAGACCAGGAUGCAGGCCUCGAGGUCCCCAUCGCGGUGAAGUCAGACAUCCCAGGUACAUCGAAACUUCCGGAUCUCCCUCCUGUUGAAGGGGAUGAGGGUGCAAAGCAGCCAGCCACAGCCUCUGAACCCCCAGAGGAUGACUUUACAGCCUUGGCGAAGCGGUUCGAAGCACUCAAGAAGCGAUAG